UGAUUCAUUUUUGGUUGAAUUUUUUUUAAUUUUUUUCUUUUUUGGUGCUUUCUUAAUGUUUUUAUUUUAGUUUUAAUAAAUGGACCAAAGUAUUGCUCAACAAAAAAUCAAAGAUUUGACAACAGAAAUUGAAGGAAAAAUUCAGCAAGUCAACGCAACAGUUUGUGAUCUUUUAUAUUCCCUAGAUCUCCAAGAACAGGGAGGGAAAUGUGAUUGGUCUGACAUUGUUCAAAAAUUUUGUUCUCUCUCCAGCACAUUUUCUAAAUUGGAACAAAUUUUACGCAAACCAGGAAUUGAUUUUGAUGAUAAUGCUAAAUUAUUGAAAAUGACUCAACUUGUUCCUCAAAUUGUUUCUCUUGAACAUGACAAUACUUUACAGGAGAUAACAGAAGGACGUCUUUCUACUUUUGAUCACAAUAUUGUUCCAAUUCUGUUAAGGACUAAGUUGAAACCUGAUGUUGAAGAUGAAGAGCUUAGUAUUGACAGGGAUAGACUGUCCAAGCAAAUUGAUGUUAAUAAACAAAUAAAAUCAAUUAAUGCACAUGUUGACAUGCUUUGCAGUAAAUUAAGCGAAUUUAGUCGUUUACAUGUUUUGGACCGCAAAGAAUUUCAACAAUCGUCACAUGAAGAAACGAUGAAAUUGGUUAAAGCUGUUUGUCUUGGAAAAGGAAUUCAGCCCAAGACGUCAGCAAUGGCAACAACUGCAAGUCCAAACAAGCCUUCAACAAGUGCAGCAUAUCAACAUGUAAAGCCGGAAAUUAAAAGAUAA